AUGACAUCAACGUCUACGGACAUGUAUUUAAAAAAAGUAAAACAGGAAUUAAUUAAAUUAUCAACAGCAAUUAACCAAGAUGAUUUAAAAAAUAUUGUUGGAAAAAUUUCUGAACUUCUGGAAGAACAUUCUCAUGUCUUUUACGAAACAUUGAAUCGUGUGCGUAUUCUUGAAGACAAUACAGAUUUUUUAUAUAAUCAAGUUAGUAAAUUACAAGAAGAGUCAAACAUGGAGGAAGCUUUUAUACUUGCUAGUGAUUUAUCAACUUUUCCAUUAGUUCGUGAAUAUUUUUUUAAUAAAUUCGAACGAUGUUUUCAAUAUAACAUAACUGAAUUUCUUGAUGGAUUCAAUUUCAAUGAUUCUGAUAUCGACACAUGGUCCAUAUUAUGUAAACAAUUAUCAAAUGGAAUAAUGUAUCUGGUCGCUCAUGCAAACUCCGAUGAUCUUGAUUGGUUAUAUUGUUUUUGUUCUGCAUAUCAAAUUCCAUUAUUGAGUUCAAAUAAUGGUCAUGAUCGUAUCAAAACAAAUUUUUCUAUAUCAUUAAUAACUGAUAUUUUAUCAGCAUUAACCCUUUGGGGACGGGAAGCACAUAUGUGUGCUUGGAUUCGAAUACAAUCAGUAUGUGACCUAAGCAUAUCUCUAACGAUACUCUAA